AUGUCUUUUCUUCAUUUGAAGCAAUUCGGUAUUGCUGGCAAGUAUGACGUGAACCCACGGGAGAAGCUUGCAAAGCUAUCCUUUCCAGGCAAGGAUAAUUGCCCACCUAGAGAUGACUUCUGCGUCGUGAUUUCGAAGCUCUACAGUUCGGAACGACCGGUUUAUUCGGAAUUCGGCAACAUCGUUGGCCACAUUUCCCUUCGGUACAUGAAAGAUCUCUUCCAAGGAUGA